AUGGCAAGAGCAAUUCUGGUAGUUGGGGCUACUGGGAACCAGGGUGGUGCAGUGAUUGACAAUCUUCUACAAUCAGAGGCCUCUUUCACUAUUCUCGCCGUAACCCGGGAUCCUGUGUCCUCAACGGCCCAGAGACUCGCCCAAAAGUCGUCUGAGAUCAAGCUCAUACAAGGAGAUCUUGACGAUCCUGUAGCUCUCUUCAAAAACGCUGAGGAUAUCGUUUCUGGACCGACAUGGGGGGUCUAUUUUGUUCAGAAUCCGCUUGCCAGCAACCAGACACCGGAACAGGAGGUCAAACAAGCAACAGCAUUCAUCGACGAAUGUAUCAAUCACAAAGUGAGGUUCUUUGUGUACGGCUCUGUCGACCGUGGUGGUGAUCGGUCGUUCAACAAUCGCACGCCAGUUCCGCACUUUGCCAGUAAAUAUGACAUAGAGCAUUAUCUGGUUGAAAAGGCUCCAUUGGCGAAUAUGGAUUGGACUUUUCUUCGACCAACUGGAUUCAUGGAUAACUACAAACCAGGGUUCCAAGCCAAGAUGUUUCUGACGUGUUGGAAGAUCGCCCUCAAGAACAAGCCGCUUCAACUCAUCGCUGUUUCUGACAUAGGGUACUUUGCUGCUCAAGCAUUCAUGGAUCCGGAACGCUACAAAGGUCAAGCUAUUUCCCUUGCUGGCGAUGAGUUGACUUUUGAUCGAGCCUCCAGGAUCUUUGAGGAGAAGACCGGUCGGGGCAUACCCCUUACUUUCGGAAUUGUUGCUUGGAUUGUGUUGUUUUUUCUUAAGGGCAUUGGUGCGAUGUUUAAGUGGAUGCAGGAUGAGGGUUUUGGUGCAAACGUCCAGGAGCUCAGAAGCAAUCAUCCCCACCUGGUUAAGUUUGAAACUUACCUCGAGACUCAGAGUGGAUAUGUGUUACGGAAGCAGGGGUGA